AUGUCGAGCAUCACUGCUUCUGGCCUUCUGGGCCCCGUCGCCGUCCUCAAUGGUUGGACCUUGGUCAUGGAAGUAUGGAUGUACGCUGCAACUAUCCCAGUUUACAACCGGAUCAAACCUACGAAUCAUACCACCAAGAGCCAGAUAGAUGCGCAGAUGCCUCCCGCUGCGCGCUGGAAGAGGGAUAACUUUAACCAUCUCCUCGAGCAGCCAACCCAGUUCUACGCGAUUGCACUGGCGCUGGCGAUUGCCCGUGGUGGCAAGAUUGAUGAAUUGGACUCGAUUCUUGCUUGGACAUACGUUGGCGCACGCGUUUUGCACAGUUUGGUCCAAUCCAUCACAAAUACUAUGAUGGUGCGCUUUACGCUGUUUGGAUUCUCUUCGAGCAUUCUGGCGGUUAUGACUGGAAGACUGGCCAUGCUUGUUUUCUAA